CGGCGCUGAGCAAAUUAUGCCAUGUGGUGCUCAAGACGUGCGCUCUCAUUGGACGACAGGCGCACCGGUGAACGCCCAUUUCUGAAGGAUACGAUCUCUGAUUGGUUCAAUCCACCACCCCAGAUGUAGCGUAAAUGCGCUCACGGUUUUUCUAUUCUCUAUCACGAGUUACGUCAGMAGCGUGAACUUUAUUCCUCGACGGCGGUGCGACUUCUGUAACCCUAUACAAAAACUGCGUACGUAUUAUGCGCAGCGACAAAGACUGCUAGCCCGAAACCUGUGGGGAAGGAAUAAAAAGAAAGACGGUCGCUCGGUCGGUAUCGUCGCGCUCUGUACCUUAAGACCGUUAUUUUCUGAGAAGCUCGCCGCCCCAGGGCCUCGGUACAGACGCCGAAAUUUGACGACGGCGAGACGGGAUUUGGCGUUAGCGUAAACUUGGCUAAUUCGUUAAAGGAGACCGUGGCGCCAGGCAGUUUUUCCGUCGGACGGUCUGUAGGCUCGGGUAUAGCGAGGGAGCCGCCAUGGCAGUCGGAUCAUUGAGCCUCCACAUCGGGAUAUGAAGAGGAGCUGCAUGUGUCCUGAAUCGACGAGAAAACAGCACAUUUACAUGAGAUUAACACCCGAACUAUUCAAUUCUUAUAUUUGUGGAGUUCACACAGGCACAAUUCGCAUUCGGCUUUGAACAGAGGGGGCCACGGGGAGAGGCCAGAUUCAUGACUAUUUUAGUCGGAGACGUGUCUUCUGAGGCCCGUUGAAAGAAAACCUGGAGUUUCAGGAGGAAAUGAUGCUUUGAUUGACCCAUCGGUGAGAAAGAAGAAAGGGCACUUUUGUAGGUGACAUAAAAAGUGGGAUAAUAAUAUAAGGGAGUCUCUUAAAGUUCCCGAGAAUCAGCGAUAUUAACAUACUGACAUCCUUUUUGGAUGAGAAGCUUUGGCGAAUCGAUCAGCYGUGCCGUUUAGCAAGUCGCAGUGAAUCAACGGGAUUGGAUCAUCAUGUCGGGUCGGCCCAGGACCACAUCUUUCGCCGAGAGCUGCAAACCAGUGCCGCAGCCAUCUGCUUUCGGCAGCAUGAAAGUCAGCCGUGAUAAAGAUGGCAGCAAGGUAACAACAGUUGUGGCCACUCCAGGCCAAGGCCCCGACCGGCCACAGGAGGUGAGCUACACGGACACAAAGGUCAUCGGCAACGGCUCUUUUGGCGUCGUCUAUCAAGCAAAACUCUGCGACUCUGGGGAGCUAGUGGCGAUCAAGAAGGUCCUGCAAGACAAGAGAUUUAAGAACCGUGAACUUCAGAUCAUGAGGAAGUUGGACCACUGCAACAUCGUCCGUCUGCGCUACUUCUUCUAUUCCAGUGGAGACAAGAAAGAUGAAGUGUACCUGAAUCUGGUUCUGGACUACGUGCCUGAGACGGUCUACAGAAUGGCUAGACAUUACAGCCGAGCCAAACAGACGCUGCCCAUGAUUUAUGCCAAGUUGUACAUGUACCAGCUGUUCAGGAGCCUGGCUUACAUCCAUUCGUUUGGGAUCUGCCAUCGGGACAUCAAACCCCAGAAUCUGCUGCUUGAUCCAGAGACGGCUGUGCUCAAGCUUUGCGACUUUGGCAGUGCGAAGCAGCUGGUCCGUGGAGAGCCCAACGUGUCCUACAUCUGCUCUCGCUACUAUCGGGCUCCUGAGCUGAUCUUCGGGGCCACUGACUACACCUCCAGCAUAGAUGUGUGGUCAGCUGGCUGUGUACUUGCAGAGCUGUUGCUGGGACAACCAAUCUUCCCUGGCGACAGUGGCGUGGAUCAGUUGGUUGAAAUUAUUAAGGUUCUCGGUACCCCGACCCGAGAGCAAAUCCGUGAGAUGAACCCCAACUAUACUGAGUUCAAAUUCCCCCAGAUUAAGGCACAUCCCUGGACUAAG